AUGAACCCAACCAGACAGGCUGUCCGUAGGCUACGGACGUCUGCCCGACGAUGCGACCGCGUUGCGCCUCCUCACCCUAUUUCUCACAUACGUCCCAUCAUCUAUGACGAUUCAAUAGCGGCGUCAACACCCACCAGCCUACGCCAUCCUUAUUCCUUAUCAGAGUUCAAUACUGCCUCUCUGGACAACCUUGGGGAUUACGAAUUUCAAUACAAGCUACAACGACAGUACCUAGACGCUUUCCACCAUAACUUUUGGCUAGACAGUAAUUCUCGCUUCAAUGCUGGAAAAGCGGCUAUCCUCGAUAGUCUUCCCCCAUCUGCGACGCCUCGUGAUGGAGAAAUUGCCUUGUCAGAAUUCUACAAACAAUGGCUUAUACAAGAGGCCCAGCGUACAGAUAGGUAUACAAGGGAGUGGCGAAGUCGAAACAUACGCCUCAUCUUCCUAGCGGUCCGUCUCAAAUACCAGAAAAUGUGGAGCAGGUUUUCCAGCAUUGGAAGAAAAUAG